AUGCUUGACAUUGUAGAAUGUAGUGCCUCGGCUCAUGUUGAUAUCGUGUUUGACAUUGUAGAAUGUAGUACCUCGGCUCAUGUUGAUGUCGUGUUUGACAUUGUAGAAUGUAGUGCCUCGACUCAUGUUGAUAUCGUGUUUGACAUUAUAGAAUGCAGUACCUCAUCUCUAGCCGAUAUCGUGUUCCUUCUGGACACGUCCGGGAGUGUGGGACCAACGGAUUUUGCCAUGGAAGUGUCCUUUCUGUGCAACUUCGUCCAAGGUUUUUCUGUGGGUCCCUCCGCAGUGCAGUUUGGUGUGCUCCUCUUCUCCUCGGGUGUCUUAAAUCAAUUCAGCCUUUAUCGAUACGACAACCGUGCUGAUCUUGUUCAGGCAAUUCAAUCUUUGAGAUACCGCGGCGGUGAAACGAACACAGCAAGUGCGCUCACCUUCGUCCGAGAAAACAGCUUUCUACCCAUUAAUGGAGGUCGCCCAGGAGCUACCCAAGUCCUCAUCGUCAUCACAGACGGUCAGUCCGCGAACAGGGCUAACACAGCCUCUGAAGCAAAUCUGUUGCACCAAAAUGGCAUCAAGGUCAUUUCUAUUGGCGUUGGAAGCGGUGUUAACAUGGAGGAACUCCGAGCAAUAGCAUCAAACAACGGCUUGGUAUUCACAGCUGCUAGCUUCAGUGCUUUGGAAAUUGUCAAAGACGAAAUCCAGAACACAACGUGUACGGAAAUCGGACCAGAUGAGCCAUGUGGUGAAGCUGCACUGCCAACAGUAACUGGCCGAAUGCUGAAUGCCCCCAUUGCUGGGUUGUGUGAGUGGCCCUGGAUGGUGUCUGUACGGCUAGGGCCUGGGAACAUCCCUGCUCACAGGUGUACAGGGGUUCUGAUCGGGAAGAGGAAGGUGAUCACAACCGCCUCUUGUGCGUCAAGGUACACCCCACACAGUGUUAUUGUUGGUGAGAACAACCUGCUGUUGGAGAAUGAAGCCUUGAAUGCAAACAACUUUGAAGUUGUUGUUAAGAUCAACAAAACUGUCAUCCAUCCACAGCAUGCAGGCAAUGGUUACGACAUUGCUGUUCUUCAUCUUGAGGAAGACGUUGUCUUCAACAGAUGUGUCCUCCCCGCCUGUCUUCCUGGACCACGUGACAGCUCAUGUGGAGACUCCACCUUGUGGACAUGUUCCUUUGCUGGUUGGGGAAUCUACAGCGAUGUGACAUUGUCUCUCUCCCGCCGACUGCGAGAGACCAGGGGAAAGUAUCUAAACCCUUCGGUUUGUGACGCCGUCUACUCACAGACAAGAGGGCGCAGCCCGCCUGGAAACACUGUCUGCCUAGUACCACAUAACCCCUCACAAGCGCCUUGUGAGGGCGACGAAGGGGGCAUGGUCAGAUGUCUGGUACAAGACAAAUGGAUUUUUCAGUCCCUCAUUAACUACCCCAGCUGCACCGACAGUUUCCCCUCCCUCGGUGUCGACCUGAGAGACCCAGACAUCCUCAACUUUAUCAGAAGUAACAGUCGAAUAGCUGUCCGGUGCAGUAUGAUAGGUGCCCUGUUCAUCCUGGCGCUGAUGCCCGUGUCGGCAAUCGGACAAGUUACAACUGAAUGCAGUACCUCAGCUCGAGCCGAUAUCGUGUUCCUUCUGGACACGUCCGGGAGUGUGGGACCAACGGAUUUUGCCUUGGAAGUGUCCUUUGUGUCCGACUUCGUCCAAGGUUUUUCUGUGGGUCCCUCCGCAGUGCAGUUUAGUGUGGUCCUCUUCUCCUCAAGUGUCUUAAAUCAAUUCAGCCUUCAUCGAUACGACAACCGUGCUGAUCUUGUUCAGGCAAUUCAGUCUGUGAGAUACCGCGGCGGUGGAACGAACACAGCAAGUGCGCUCACCUUCGUCCGAGAAAACAGCUUUCUACCCAUUAAUGGAGGUCGCACCGGAGCUACCCAAGUCCUCAUCGUCAUCACAGACGGUCAGUCCGCGAACAGGGCUAACACAGCCUCUGAAGCAAAUCUGUUGCACCAAGAUGGCAUCAAGGUCAUUUCUAUUGGCGUUGGAAGCGGUGUUAACAUGGAGGAACUCCGAGCAAUAGCAUCAAACAACAGCUUGGUAUUCACAGCUGCUAACUUCAGUGCUUUGGGAAUUGUCAAAGACGAAAUCCAGAACACAACGUGUAAGGAAAUCGGAGUAGAUGAGCCAUGUGGUGAAGCUGCACUGCCAACAGUAACUGCCCGAAUGCUGAAUGCCCCCAUUGCUGGGUUGUGUGAGUGGCCCUGGAUGGUGUCUGUACGGCUAGGGCCUGGGAACAUCCCUGCUCACAGGUGUACAGGGGUUCUGAUCGGGAAGAGGAAGGUGAUCACAACCGCCUCUUGUGCGUCAAGGUACACCCCACACAGUGUUAUUGUUGGAGAGAACAACCUGCUGUUGGAGAAUGAAGCCUUGAAUGCAGACAACUUUGAAGUUGUUGUUAAGAUCAACAAAACUGUCAUCCAUCCACAGCAUGCAGGCAAUGGUUACGACAUUGCUGUUCUUCAUCUUGAGGAAGACGUUGUCUUCAACAGAUGUGUCCUCCCCGCCUGUCUUCCUGGACCACGUGACAGCUCAUGUGGAGACUCCACCUUGGGGACAUGUUCCUUUGCUGGUUGGGGAAUCUACAGCGAUGUGACAUUGUCUCUCUCCCGCCGACUGCGAGAGACCAGGGGAAAGUAUCUAAACCCUACGGUUUGUGACGCCGUCUACUCACAGACAAGAGGGCGCAGCCCGCCUGGAAACACUGUCUGCCUAGUGCCACAUGACCCCUCACAAGCGCCGUGUCAGGGCGACGAAGGGGGCAUGGUCAGAUGUCUGGUACAAGACAAAUGGAUUUUUCAGUCCCUCAUUAACUACCCCAGCUGCACCGACAGUUUCCCCUCCCUCGGUGUCGACCUGAGAGACCCAGACAUCCUCAACUUUAUCAGAAGUAACUGAUCAAGCCAACCUGCUUUCCCUGCAUUUCAUGAAAUAAACAGAUUCGCUACAUA